UCAAAGUGGAGGCCACGGACGCGGGCACCUACACGUGCCGCGCUCACGGCAUGGCCGGGGUCAGCCAGAGCCACGCGUUCCUGCGUGUCACAGAGCCCCCCAGCGAGGAGGCCCUCGCCUUCCUCAUGCCCCUGCGGCCCGCGAGCGCGCACGCGGGCGACGAGGUGCGACUGGAGUGCGCGGUGAGCGGGCCCCCCGACACGGACGUCGACUGGCUCAAGGACGGGCGCCUGGUGCAGCCCGCGCUGCUCAGCUGCAAGAUGCACUUCGACGGGACGCGCUGCUGCCUCGUGGUGGCCUCGGUGCAUGAGGACGACUCUGGAGUCUACUCGUGCAAGCUCAGCACCGCCAAGGACGAGAUCAUGACCAGCGCGCAGCUGACCGUGACCCCGUCCCGGGAGCCGCUCUUCACCACCUGCCUGGGAGAUGUGGACGUGAUGGAGGGGCGCCCUGGGCGUCUCGACUGCAGAGUGAGCGGGAGCCCGGCGCCCACUGUGACCUGGUUCCACUACGACCAGGAGCUGUGCGAUUGCGAGGCGCUGCGGGUGCUGAGCGAGCGGGGGCUGCACUCGCUGCUGAUCGCGCGCGUGAGCGCGGACGCCGAGGGGGAGUACGCGGCCGUGGCCUCGAACGCGCACGGCCGGGCGAGCUGCCGCGCCGAGCUCUACGUGGAGGAGCCGCGGCCGCUGCCCUCGCCCAUGGCGAAGCUGGAGAAAAUGCCUUCAAUCCCAGAGGAGCCGGAGCCGGACCCCGAGCCGGAGCUGUGCACCAUGCCGGACUUCACCCGCCCGCUGCGCGACCAGGACGUGUCGGAGGGGGCUCGCGCCACCCUGGAGUGCCGGGUCACGGGCACCCCGCGGCCCACGGCCGCCUGGUACCACCACGGCGUGCGCCUGGAGCGCACGGCCACCAUCAGCAUGGCCGAGAAGAAAGACACCUUCUGCCUGAUCGUCAAGCCGGCUUCGCGCGCCCACGGCGGCGUCUACAAGUGCGUGGUCGCCAACAAAGUGGGCAAGGCCACCUCGUACGCGCAUCUCUACGUCUCGGAUAUGAUGCUGGAGCCCCCCGAGAGCGCGCCCCUGGUGAGCUCCGUGUGGAGCCGCGCCCUCACCGUCACGUGGAGCCCCCCACGACGAGUGCCCCCCUCCAUCGACCCGGCGUCCCUCACCUACUCGCUCGAGUGGCGGGAGGAGGGCGCCGCCUCCGACUGGCGCCUCCUCGCCUCGGGCCUCGUGGGCACCGCCCGCACCGUGCAGCGGCUCCCGACGGCGGCGCCGCUCCGCUUCCGCGUGCUGGCGCUCUGCCCCGCGGGCGCCAGCCGGCCGUCCCGCGCCUCCGCGCCCGUCGCCCUCGCCCCGCAACGGCCCUUCCAGGAGGAGGCGCCGCGCUUUGUGGAGGUUCCCGAGGCGCUGUUCGUGGCGGAGCGCGGAGCCGCCAGCCUCAACUACUCCAUCAACCACGUGGCCGCCGCGCUCAGCUGGACCAGGGACGGGAUCCCGGUGCAGCUGCACAGGGACGGCUACAGCCUGGGCACCCACGACGAGGACUCGUUCUCGCUCGACAUCGCGGCCGUGACGCGGCGCCACCUGGGGGAGUACGUGUGCCUCGCCGAGAACACGCUCGGCGUGGCGAGCUGCACCGUCAGCGUGCAGCUGGCGGAGGCCCCUCGUUUCGACGAGAUCAUGGAGGACGUGGAUGUGGUGCCCGGGGAGAGCGCCAGGUUGGCGGUGGUGGUCGAGGGGAUUCCCCUGCCGGACGUGCUCUGGUUCAAGGAUGACGCGCUACUGGCGGAGAGCAGCCACGUGUCGUUCGUGUACGACGACGCCGAGUGCUCGCUGGUGAUCCUGAGCGUGAGCCAGGCCGACUGCGGCGUGUACACGUGCGUGGCACGCAACCCGGCCGGGGAGUGCAGCUGCAAGGCCGAGCUGAGCGUGUGCUCCGUCAGGGAGCCCCAUGAGGACGAGGAGGAUCUGAUGUGCAGGCUGCGCACGGUUUCCGACUACUACGACGUCAAGGAGGAGAUCGGCAGGGGCACCUUCUCGGUGGUGCGCCGAGCCGUGCACCGCACCACGGGCCUGGAGGUGGCGGCUAAGUUCGUGUCGCGCGCGGGAGGGCGGCGGAGCGAGGCGCAGCGCGAGCUACGCAUCCUCGCCAGGGUGUCGCACCCACGCCUCGCCUGCCUGAGGGACGCCUUCCAAACCAGGCGGCGUCUCAUCAUCCUCACCGAGCUCUGCUCGGGCGAGGAACUCCUGGACCGCCUGGUGAAGAAGCCUGCGAUCUCUGAGCUGCAGGUGCAUCCCUACAUCCGCCAGAUCCUGGAGGGCGUGCACUACCUACACCAGUCCGGCGUGCUGCACUUGGACAUCAAGGAGGCGAACGUGCUGAUGGCGCGACCCGACGCCGAGGAGGUGAAGCUCUGCGACCUGGGCUCGGCGCAGGAGCUCAUGCCGCCGGGGCAGCCGCAGUACAGCGCCACGGGGACUCCCGAGUUCGUGGCGCCCGAAAUCGUCCUGCAGCAGCCCGUGUCCACGGCAACCGACAUCUGGCCCGUCGGAGUCAUUACCUACAUUUGUCUGAGCGGCACGUCCCCGUUCCUGGGCGAGAAUGACCGCGGGACGUUGAUGCGCGUUCGCGAGGGACGCUUCUCCCUCGAGCGCUGCUUCUCGGCGCUCAGCGCAGAGGCGGGGAGCUUCAUCGCUCGGCUGCUGGCGGUGGACCCCAGGGAGCGGCCGUCGGCCCAGGAGUGUCUGGAUGACCCCUGGUUCCAGGUGGCGCCGUCCGCCGCCCGGGACGCGGCCCGGGUCGGCACUGACCGGAUCAAGUUCUUCCUGUCGCGCCGCAAGUGGCAGCGCUCCCUCGUGGCCUACAAGUCGAGUCUGGCGCUGCGCCCCAUCCCCGAGCUGCUGGCGUCGGGGCCGGGCCAGCACUCCCUCGGGGCGCCGCGCCGCGCCGGCGACCACGUGGCUCUGUCCUCCAGCUCUGAGUCGGACGAGGCGGAGGACCUGCCCUCCUUCAUGGCCGCGUUCAAGCAGCGUCUCCCGGAGCCCCUGUGCCGAGCGGCGCCACCGGAGCCACUCUGCCAGGCUGCCGCGGCACCACCGGACUACGCGCAGCACCCGGACGUGGCGAAGCGGCAGCUCCUUGCCGCCGAACGAGGCGACGCGGGCCCGGGGCUCGACUCCUCGGCGUCGCCGGCAGAGUCGCCGGCGGGGGCGCGGAGACGGCGGCGGAGUCGGAAACGGUCAGGCGAGGCGGCCAGCUCCACCUCGUCGUUGUCGUCUUCGUCGUCGUCCGACGAGGAGCGGUCGGGGGAUCCGCGCGGGAGCGAGUCGCCGUCGCGGCGCCGUCGCGAGCGUCUGCGCAGGGGGAGCUCGGCCGACAGCGCGCUGCCGCCCUGGACGGGCGAGGAGAACCACGUGUCGGAGGCGGCGGCGGCGCCACCGCAGAAUCCGGGACUGAAAAAGUCCGCGUCCGUCGACUCCCCGGGGGCCAGGAGGGGGCUGCUGGCAGGGGGGGCCGGGCCGGUCACCCCCGAGGAGCACGCCCUGCGUCUUGAGCUUGUGCGCAAGAGGCUGCUGCGUGGCAGCGGCGCGGACGGCAAGAUGAGCGGACUGCGGGGGCCGCUGCUGGAGCAGCUCGGCCUGGCGCCCGACGGCCCCGAGGCGGAGGCGCAAAGGUCGGCGCCGGGGUUGCGGGGGUGGCGCAGCCUCUCCCUCGACCGCUACGCGGACCGGCCGCCCAGGCCCGACCGGAGCGGGGCCGGCACGCCGACGGGCGAGGGCAGCCUCACCAACCUCCCCGGGGAACGGCCCGACCCACAGCGGCAGCCGCGGCAGCAGCAGGAGCAGCAGCAGGAGCAGCAGCAGCAGCGUGACCGUGGCCGCAUGCGGAAGAGCUCCUCGUUCACGCACGGCGAGGAGGUGCCCAUGCACCGGCGCUUCAUGGGGGGACCCCUGGAGAUCCCGCUCCGCGUCGCCUCCGCCGCCGAGGCCCAGAAGGAGCGGGCGGAUGGGCAAACGGAGACCGCGACGGCACCCAGCCCGGGACUGCGGGAAGAACGGUCGCCCGAGUCGGCCCCGCCGUCGCGUCCCACGACGCCCGCUCCGCUGACCGGGCCCCCCGUGGGAGCAUCGCCUGUGGCCGCGACGGAGGGGGCCUCGCCCGCGGCGGGGGCGGUCGCGACGCCGCCGUCGUCGUCGGCGUCGCAAGCGAGAAACGGCCCCGUACCUCCCGGGGCGCACGAGCCCCUCUCCCUCCCGCAGCGGUCGCCCACUGCUGGCACCGCCCCGACGGCUCCACGCGGCUCCGUGAUUCCCGUCAUCAGGGUGACGGAGCCGACCGCGACGGAGCCGGACGGAGAGAGCGCCACGACCGGCGGGGCGGCACAGCGAGUGCGGCCUCCGCGGAAGGAGUCGGAGCAUCCGCACGAAGCGUCCCGCGCGGCGCUCGGGGGCGCCCGCGUGCUCAAGCAGGAGCACGGUGCUCAGCCCGGCGAGGCCGGGUUCUCCGCGCCAGAGCCGCCGCUCGCUCCGGCCACGAGAGAGACACGCGAUCCCGGCGGUGGCCCCGCGGGCCCGGCGUCUCCCAUGCCCGCGCCGGCCUCCGCGCCGGCCCCCGCACCGGCCCCCGUACCCAUGCCAUUCUCCGACACUUCCCAGAAGCGAGCGCUCCUGAAGCAGAAGAUGGCGUCCGUGGACUCGCCUGCCGGGCACCAGGGUGGCUCCAGGGCGACUCAGGGCCCCGGCUUCGGUCCGCUCGUCCCGACGGGGGUCGCCCCCUCAUCCGAGCUGCGCCGGACCCCGUCGGCGCCGGCGCUGUCCGCGCUGCAACACGGGGACGCUGGUAGGCCGCGGUCCACGUCCGCCGAGAGGAGGCUGCCGCACAUCGAGGACAUCGACUCCGAGGCGGUGUUCGAGGCCAAGUUCAAGAAGCAUCGCGAGUCGUCCCUGACGCGCAUCUUCCCCUUCAUGAAGAAGACCAAGGCAGAGGAGCCGCCCGCCAAGCCGUACCGCACGGAGGAGGAGGAGGUGUACCGACCCCGGCAGGCCAACGCGCCCGUUCGAAUCGUCCAGGAAGAACAUUUGCAGAGAGGGGAGACGGAGGAGGCGCGGCGCCCGGAGACCCCGUCUCAGAAGGCGUCGUCCACGCCGUCCGUGGAAGACAAGGACGGCGGUUUCGUGCGGAGGCUGUCGCUGAAGGUGAAGCGCUCCGUAUCCUCGGAACGGAAGGCUCUCGACCUGGGCCAUACGGGCACAGAGGACGAUGGGAAAGAAACCCCGGGUCUGGGGAGACGCCUCUCGCUCACGUUCGGGCGCAGCAGCUCCAAGGAGAGGCAGAAGAGCGUGGAGCGUGCGGCGCGGGAAGACUCGGAGUCGAGGAGCGUGGGAGGUGACGUCCGGGACCCGGAGCAGCCUCUGAAGCGAGACCACGAGUCGAUUCGGAAGAGGAUCGAGGCCACCGUGUCGGGCUUCUCGUUCUCGAUCGGUCGCAGCCGCUCGGAGGAAAGGUUUUCGAAACGGAGAUCGGAGAGCGAAGCAGAAAAGCUCCCGAACGACCUGACCGAGAGGAAGCCCGAGGCGGCGGCGCCGGCACCGAGCACCAUGAAGAAGGCAACGUCCGAACUCUUCCUCCCCGGGAAGUCUGCAGGCUCGGCCGGGGCAGCAUCAUCAGGCGAGUCUGAGAAGAGGUCGCCCUGGGAGCGCUGGGGCGUACACCGCGGGCGGCCGGGUGGCCGUAGGGACACGGGCCCCACCGCACAACCCCAGGAGCCAGCUACGCCGCCAUCUGACACAGAUUCCGCGCCGACGUUCCUCAUGGAGCUGAAGGACGAGCUGCUGGUGGAGGGACAGCCGCUCACCCUGCACUGCCUCCCCGCAGGCGAGCCGGCGCCCACCGUGCACUGGCUCAAAGACACAAAGGCGGUGCGGCUGGACACGCGCACCACGCUGUCCGUCUCGGCGGACGGGCGCCAGCUGCUCACGGUGCUGGGCGCCGGGAAGCGAGACGCCGGCACCUACGAGUGCGUCGCUAAGAACCGCGCGGGCACCGCCUCCACGACGUGCGCCGUGAAGAUCGCCCAGCUGCCAGGCCGGCCCGGACAGCCCGAGGUGCCGCAGGUGUUCCAAGAGGGCGCGCUCGUCGUGUGGAAAGCUUCGCAGGCGCAGGGCCCGCUGGCCUACUGCCUCGAGAUGAAGAAGCUGGGUGAGACCGCGUGGGCGCAGGUGGCGUCGAGCAUCGUGGACCCUUACUACAACGUGACGCGCCUGGCGCCCGGCGCCGUCUACAAGUUCCGUGUGUCUUGCGUCAACAAGGCGGGACGUGGCCCCGCCAGCCUCUCCUCGGAGCGCAUCACCCUGGCAGUGCGGCCCCCGGAGGCGGAGCGGCGGGAAGAGGCGCCGCCCCUAGAGCAGAACCGGGGUCCGGGGUCCCAGCCGGGGUCCCAGCCGGGGUCCCAGCCGGGGUCCCAGCCGAGGUCCCAGCCAGGAACCGCACAGAAGCCGUACACAUUCCUGGAGGAACGCGCCAGGGGUCGCUUCGGCGUGAUUCGUGAGUGCAAGGAGAACGCCACGGGCCGCGUGUUCACGGCCAAGAUCGUGCCACUGGAGGCUGCCUCCCGGGCCUUGGCGCUGCACGAGUACGAGGUCCUCAAGGCCCUGCGACAAGAGCACAUCAUGGGUCUCCACGAGGCGUACGUCACCCCGCGCUACCUCGUGCUCAUCGCCGAGCGCUGCCCCGGCAAGGAGCUUUUCUACAAGCUGCUCGAGAGCCCACGCUACACGGAGGACGACGUGGUGGGCUACCUGUCGCAGCUGCUGCUCGCGCUCGCCUACCUACACGAGCGCCACAUCGUGCACCUCGACAUCAAGUCCGACAACCUCAUCGUGUCCGACUCGCGGAAGCUCAAGCUCGUGGACUUUGGCAGCGCCCGCUCGUUCGCGCCCAGCGGUGCCCCGCGGCCCAUCGUGCCGCGCACCGGCACCCUGGAGCACUCGGCUCCUGAGAUGGUGAAGGGGGACGCCGUGGGAGCCCCCGCUGACGUGUGGGGCCUGGCCGUGCUCACCUUCGUGCUGCUGAGCGGGGAGUCGCCGUUCCUCGGUGCCAACGACGAGGAGACGGAGAAGAACAUCCGACAGUGCCGGCCCGACAUUACACGGUGUUACGUCAACGUAUCCCAGACGGCGCUCUUCUUCCUCCGAAGGGUCCUGUGUCUCUACCCCCAGGGCCGCCCGACCGUGCCGGAGUGCGUGUCGCUGCCGUGGCUCCAGCACUCGCAGCUGAUGACGCAGCGCCGCUCCACCGUCUCCUUCCCCACGUGGAAGAUGCAGCAACAUGUGCAGGAGGCCAACCGCCGCCGCCUGGAAGCCGUAACCCGGCACCGCGUGCUGCUCCGCUCUGGCUCCUCCUCCUCCUCGUAGCGGCGGCUCCGGAGCCUCCACCUUCCCGGUCCCUGGGCCUCCACCUUCACGGUCCCUGGGCCUCCGUCUUCCUGCUCUCUGGGCCUCCACCUUCCCAGUCCCAGGGCCUCCACCUUCACGGUCCCUGGGCCUCAAACCUUCCCACUCCCUGGGGCUCCAUCUUCUCUACAUAGUGGCUCCAGGGCCUCCACCUUCCCUGCAAAGUCCAUGGGCAAUGACCAAGCAUUUAACUCGUUGGUACCACCUGAGAUGGCAACACUUGAAUUGUACCGAGAUCAUUAAAUCAUCGAUUAUAGUGAAUCAUGUCUUAUUUUAAUAAACAUGCCAUCACAUAAUCCACGCUUGUUGGCCACACACAGAAACUGGUGUCACUAAAUAUUUGCCACCACUAGUGGAACUGAAUACUGCCCCGGCCCUGAACUAACACCCACUCGAGGUCUCAGAGAGAUUCAAGGUUAAGAGGUCAUCAUGCCGAGUGUUGUUGAUGCCACCCCACACCUUGAGGAAUGUUGUGCUCCAGGGCCUUGAGCAACCCCUCACCCAGGGCUUCCACCGUCCCCAUGGAGCGAAUCCUGGGCCCUUCGUCACCCUUACCCCCACCACCACCCAGCCAGGAGCUCCACCUCUUCCAACGCGAUGCACCCCACACCCCUGUAGCUUCACCUUCACGCGGCGUCUUCCAGGCCCCCUCCUCCGCUGUACACGUUGCCCCCCCUCAACCUGGGCUCCACGUUUCAAAUUAAAGGCCAGGAUUCUCAGGACCGCGAGUCACGGAUGAGGAAAAACGCAUGUGUGUCCCCCCCGUCGGUCCGUGCCAUCUGUAAAUUUAUCCCCCGAUCCAGGCCUCCAACGCGCUUGUGAGUUCUGAUGAAAUGCGUUGUGUUUGUGAUUGCAAUUUCCCCACUUGUGUGAGACGAAUGAGAGGGCGGCUCCGCACUCUGAGUAAAGUGUUCAUUUGAUCUAA